GACUUGCUCUUGCUUAUGCUCUCUUUUCUGCCAUCGUCACCAGAGCCUCGCGGAGUGUAAUGACAUCCUCACCACUAACAACAUCAUGAAUGCCCUCAAACACAAGAGCAUGAGCUUUUACAGCUUGGGAACGAAUGCCAAGAACAAUAGCAGCAGCUCCCAAGGUUCGCUAGAAUUCACGCGAUCCAAUACUCGACUUAGCUUCGCUGCACCAACGAGCAGCACCCUCUUCAGUGGCAAUGGCACUGUCCAAGAUCGCGACAAAGCCACAGCCAUGGCACUACUCCAGAAAUACAGCGAUGGCAUCUUUGGCAAGCGUAAAACAGAUGGAUUUACUGCUGAACAAGCCAAUCCCGCUCUCAUAGAGUACUUAGCUGCGCCGCAAAAAGCAUCAAGCGGCGUUGUCUCAAUCCUACUCUCCGCUUCUGAAGACAUCAACUAUUCUACACACAGAAAGAACAUGCUCCAGAAAGAGCGGCUUCCCACAAACAUUGUGCAGAAUGCCACAGCGGACCGCCUCUGUCCAUGGAAUAUCUGGACACUGGUCAUUGGUCACGCCGACACAGCAUCUCUAUAUGAUGCCUUUGCGAUUUCUGUCGAGAACAACAUGGUGGCUCGCGUAGAGAAGUGUCUGCAGGUUGCCGCCCAAAGGCGAACUGUAUUCACACCCGCCCUGACUGAUGCACUGCGGGCAACUAUGCAACUUGUGGCACGAGACAGAUCCGAGUCUCGAUAUCUCAGCCUAGUGCUUCUUCUGUUGAAGAACAGCUCCAGUGCUCAUUAUCCCAUCAUUGCCCAAGCAAAGGCAGAUGCAGAUGCAGCAGGAUAUGCCGUACUCUAUCAGAUGCUUCACAGUUUCUUACCUGGGCGGGGAUCUAUCUCUUCUACAUCUGCUUCCGCAACAGAAAAAAGUCGCUCGCCGUCACAAUCACUGACGGCGGAAGAUGCGAAGCGCCUCGAAAUGAUGGUGUCGCCAGCUGCUCUGGAGCAGAUCUCUCUCGGCUAUGACCAGGCUUGCGAUGGCUUCCUAGCAGCAUUCAAAGAACCAUCUGUGCAGGAAAAUACAGUCAAAAAUGCGGCCAUAUUAGGAGACUUGCUCCAGCAUUGUGCCAAACAUCCGCCCUGGCUGCUCCCCAAGAGCCUUCAGGUCAUCGCCACUUUACUUUCCUCUAGUAGCUUUUGUCCCAAUGUGGAUGCUGCUCUCUACCGAUCACUUACCUCGCCAGACCUAGAUUCUUUCGACAGCUAUCGAGAUGCGGCCGAACUACUCGCACACUCAGCACAGCCAUACACAGUGAACCUCAUACUGGAUACUAUCCCCUUGGGGUUGCACUUUAAGGAGUUUGAUCUCUGGAGACUGCAUUCGCUUCUAGAAUGGGGAGCUACGGCCGAACAUAUACAAAUGGCCCUGUGUCUUGGCCUCCAUGCCCGUGUCAACGCAAAGGAUGCACAGCCAGACGCCCUUAUACAGACGUUGGUUGGCGCCGUGGUAGAUUUGGAGCCAGGUGAUGGAGGUGUACCAGACGCUCACACCAGAGACUUGUGUAGAGCGAUAUCGCAAUGUGGAAACAGUGAAAUAAUGGGCAAACUUCAACAACGUUGGGAUAACCAAACCAAGUCGCUUGCGCUGGCAGAGGCCAUCGUGGCAAAACACGAUGAAAGAGUGCUACUGGCAAUGGUGGCCGAGCUGAAGAACAAGAAGAUGCUGCCACCAUUUGGCCUAAGCCUUCCCGAGGGCCAUCAUCCACAUCUGUUUUUGAGUCUGCUGCUCUAUCCCAAGUCACAGGUGUUAUUGGAGGCUCUCCUUAAAAAGGGGUGUUCUCCUGAUGCCGAGAUGGAGUAUUACCCGUCCGCCGAUUUUUCUAGUGGCGUGGAGCGUAUCACGCCGCUCAUUCUUGCGCUGUGCCAGCUGAACCAAGUACCAUCUAAUGAACAGAUUAGCCCUGGUGUGAUAGAUCUCCUGGUGGAAAAGAGCAACGUCAACUACCAGACGGAGCGGUCCAUGGUUACGCCACUUAUACUUGCUGCUAAGCACAGAUUCACUCAGGUCGCCAUCAAUCUCCUACGGAGGGGCGCAAAGCCAUCUCCCAAAGACUGCAGCGAGCGCUCUGCUCUCUUUUAUGCGUCUAGAAACGGCGAUGUCGCCUUCGUGAAGGCGCUAUUGGCGGCUGGUGCGCCAGUGGAUGACGGUAGCCUCCACGAGGCAGCGAGAGAACUUCAUGACGAGGUCGCCUUCUACCUAAUGAAGAAGGGAGCCUCUAUCCAGCUACGAAGCACAAUAAAAGAUCACAACCACCGCACGGCGUGGGAGGAAUUUUUGUUGCAGUGCAACGGCAACGCCGGCCUCGGACGGAUAGAGGCCACUAUCCGCGUACUCAAAAGCCGACAGCCACUACGAGACGAUGAAGACUUUUUUAUGGCUCUUGAUAACCCGGCGCCUCAGCAACUUCUACGCGCCCUGUUGAAUCUCGGUCUCAUGCGGCUCCUACGACAAGCCGAGAUGAUUAAGAAGGUGCAGACUCAGGUGCACGGCAUCGUCUACUACUACUCCCCGACAAAGUAUAUUGAGCAUGACAUCUCGCAGCUUUCAGCUGCACUCAAAACGCAAGUCCUUGGCGAGCUGCGCGCCAUGGGCUGUCGCGACGAGUUCUACGCACAGCAGAACAACGAUCGGAACCCGACGCAGCAUGACGAGUACUACAGUGUGCAGCCCAAGAACUUUGUACCACCUCCGCCGAUCCUGGCAUCUGAGAAGAACAGAGUAGAGGCAGAGCGCAGGGCGAUUGGGGCGAUACGCAGCAAGACUGAAAAGGAGCGUGCAAAUAGGGCUUUUACCGAGCGUGAGGCCAUGUGGCAAGCGCGCCAUACAGCCGCACAGGCCCAGCUCAAAGAGCGCGCCAAACAGGAAGGCAAGGUGGCGGCUCAGCAGGCUGAUAAUAAGCGCCAGAAGCAGGCGCACGGCUUUGAAAUGGUGGCCAUGGCACAGAGCUCGCUGAAUGCAGCUAUCCAGAAGGCUGGAGAGCGCGAGCAGCAACAGCGGCUGGCGUGGGUGCAGAGGUUGCGGGCGAGAAGGGAGCAGUUGGUUUCUGAGGCGAUGGAUACAUUUUGCCUGGGUGCAAGAGAAAUUUUGGGCAAAUAGAUUUGUAUUUUUAG